CGGAAUCUUGUGUUACUGAUGCUUUGUAAAGGCGCGUUUGUGAAUCUGUUCAGACUUAUUGGGUACUUAUAGUCUUACUGGUAAUAGUCAUUGAAGUUAGAGCAAGCUGUUUCUCACUUCACUGUUUAAACACAAAAGCUGCUUUUGAUCCAUGAGGAUAUAACAGUAAUUAACGAGAGAUCAUAUACCGCAGAUAUUAACGGUCUAUUCAUAACUUCUUGCAAUCUAAAUAUGGUCCUGGAGUAUAGUUAUUCGUUAGACUGUAAUUCAGAGUCUGAUAAGCACAACUUCAUCAACUUGGAGGAGUUUCCUGCUUUAACGAAAUCAAAGCCUAUCAAAUUCGGCAACGUUGCGUGGAAAAAGCAAGUCGUGCCUACUGAGGAUUCGAUUGAAUCAGAAAGCACUGGGAAUGACUGCUUGAUUGUCUCUAAAAAGAAGCGCUUGAAGAAAAAAAAGAAACGGGUGGUUGGGAAUGAAGAAAGUACCGACGAAAGCUCUCCUAUCAAGGAUGACGACUGCUGCUUUUUUGUGAGUGAAGACGUAAAAAACACAAAAAUGCAUCAAUCGUCGUUUCGUAAAACCCAUUUCGAAUUCAUAAAAAAUCAGUCCGAAUCGGACGCAAUAACAACCAAUGCAGAUAGUCAUUUAACGGAAUCUUCGAUUUUUGAAGUUGCAAAUCCGUUUCAAGUGGAAGAUGAAGGUUUCGCUGAGGAGUUAACUGACUGUGCAACUAACCAUCAUCAUUCUCUUCCCACAAAUGCAUCACAUAUUUUGUCAUCUGGUUCCAUUCAGGAUUCACUUCAAUCUAAACCUGUUUACGAAUCACAAAGAAUUAAUCCUUCUUGUCCGCUAAACCUCACAAAAGAUGAAAUGGUUGUACUUGGGUCAAAUCACUCUGCAUCCAAUGCUGUAAAAUUCCUUACAAAUUCUAUUAAAUACCCUGUUAAAGAAAAGACAUCGAGAAACGUACGGCUAACUAAUUCGGAACAAUAUGCUCGGAGUAUAAGUCCAUCUAAUUUUAUUGACACUCAUCUAUCUUCAAAGGAUACAAAUGAUCUUAUCGAUGAAGAUGAUAUGGAGGGUACAGAUCUACUUCAUUUAAUUAGCAACUCGUUGGAUCGAUUUAAUGCUAUUGUUCACCCACGAGAUAAUUUAUCAACAUUAACAUCUGGUUUAGGCGAAUCUACAAAUAUUCUAUCAGAAUCUAGUAGUAGAAAUAGUUAUUCUCAAGACUGUUUGUUUCCAAAUGAUAUUGUCACAAAGCGCAUGAUCAUAUUACCUACAGAUAAAGAAUAUAAACUGUCCAAUAUGAUGAAUGUAGUUAAUAAAUUAGCUCCGAAACAUUUUGAUCGUUCAUCGUUAUUAUCGUUGAAUUGUGAAAUAGAACAAGCCGAUAAACUUAUGCGAACAAAUAAUUCUUUAUAUACCACAAGUUGCUCAUCUUUUGGGCGUUUACCUCUAUCAUUAUCGUAUUCAUACUCAAACGAGGUCCCUAUAAUUUCUUCUCAACCGAAUACAACUUACUACAAUAUUUCGUCAACCGUACCAAUGGAUGCUACUGCUCCUACUGUCACCAAUUAUAUUGUUCCACCAACCACUUCUAUACAGUCAAGCAGUUCUCUUACAGAUACGUCGAAAUCCUGCUGGCCAAAUUUACCUGGCGGUGGGACUCAGCAUAAUCCAAAAGUGUUAACUCCAUCCAUAGAACCAAACAACUUACUUAUUGAGUUAAUCAAUAAUAAUCGAAAUAUGUUAACUGAUAAUGAUAUAGAAAUGUUAAAUUAUUUAAACUUGGAUUUAAAGAAUCUAUUAUGUAGUGUUUCGACUAGUAAAACCACUCCUACAACUGUUGCUUGUACAAAUUCGAUCGGUGUUUCUUCUCUUCAUCAUAGUAGUAGUGGUAAUAAUAAAUGCAACUCGGAUUUAUUUGUUAAUCAAGAUGAAAAUCUAUGGAAUCAUAGUAAAUCAUUUCAAUCCAAUAUGUUGUUAAUGCAUAAGACACAACUAUUGAGAAAUUCAUCUCAAUUACCUAAUACAACUGCUGUACCGUCAUUAUCAUCGAAAAUAUUGCUGCAACAGUCUAAUGCUGCGUCAUCAACUCCCGUUGAUAUGAUGAAAUAUGAAUGUGUAAACAAUGAUCCAGAAAAAUUACUUAUGAAUUCAUCGGAUAAGAUAAUAUUCAAUACAAAAUGUAUUAAUAACAAACUUAAUGAUAAUUUCCUCACAUCGUUCUCAUUGAUAUCAGUAAAUAAUUCUACUGAAUGGUCGACAGCAACAAUUAAUAGCCUACCAUGCGAUACAAGAAAUAUAUUAGCACAGUCGCAUUCAGUCGAUUACCAUUCAGAUAUACCUGUUAAUACAUCACUACCUACAGUAACGCCAGGAGUAACAAUGACAACAUCAUGCCCUAUCAAUCAUACACCGUCGAUAAGUAACGUGAAUUUUCCAUUUAAAACUGGAAAUCUAAAUACAAACCGCCUACCUAUUAUUGGACAUUCUACAUCUACUUCUGGUAAAAAUAAAAUGACAUUCGGAAGCUUACCACUACCAAUGUGUACUACUAACUCAACAGUAAAUAAUUUAAACGGAUUGCAGCAACAGGAGGGACUUCGCAAUGCUCAUUGUAGACGACAAAACAACAAUAAUAUUAAUAUGCCUUCAAACAUUGGCAAUAGUUCAGUUUGUUCAAUGACUACUUUAACUUCAACAAAACAAGUAGGUCUGAUGAAUCCGAAUUCUCAACUAUCAUGUAAUAAAUCACGUUUUUGUACAAAUGGUCAAAUGACAUCAGCAGCGGUGACAACAACAACAACAGAUUCAUCAUUAUCAUCGUUAUACCCUGGUACAGAAUUAGUCAAUGGAAAACCAGUUGUCGCUAAAUGGCGUCGUGCAUGUAGUUUCUACUUACGUGGACAUUGUAAAAAAGAAGAUUGUGAAUUCGCGCAUGAUUUAACUAAAGUGACUUGCAAAUUUUGGGAAAUGGGUGAAUGUUUCAAAGGAUCCACCUGUCCAUUUCUACACGGUUAUCCACCGGAACUGAAUAUUGAGCUGCAGCAGUCAUAAGUAAUAAACUGAAAUAUUUGUUUGUCUAUGUGGGCAGCCUUAGUGUGUUCAUUUCUUAUUUCUUUCUACGUAACAAGUUUAUCAUUCUAUACUAUUGCUUACUUUCACCAAAGAAAAGAAACUUUUUAAGUGAAUAUUUAAGUGAAAACAUGAACAAAACAACGACAUAAUUCUUAUUUAACUGCAUUUUGUAUGUGUUUUUUGUUGUUAUCUCUUAUGCUAAUCUGUUUUGUUCUUACUUCACAUAUUUUAUGUAUGGUGUCUAUUUUUAUCAGAGAUAAGCUCAAAUCAAAAGCUCUGUCUCUUUCUCUCUCUCACUGAUUGAUCGUCGUAUUAUUCUGUUAUUAUGGUACUGGAAGAGAAACAAAAGGCGAACACUUUUACGCCUUAUUCAUAAUUAAGAUUUUUGUUGCCAUUAGUAUUACCGUUAUAUUAACAUAAUUACUACGAUUAUCAUUUGUUUUACUCUUAUUAAUUUUCUCUAACUUAAAAAACAAAUUUAUGAAAUGGCUGCUAUUCUUCUUGUUUAAUCGACUUGAAGAAAACCAGCUUACUCUUCAAUAUGUAUUGGAAUUGAAUGGCGCAAUAUUCUACGAAUCAUACAAUCUACAUUCUAAAUUUGUUACUAAUCUGAUUUUUAUGUCUAUAUUAUGUGUAACGUAUUAAUUUAUUUCAAAUUUGAUAUUCUCUUUUUUGUAUUUGUUUACUGAUAUUCAUAUGCCCGAUAUUAAACACAGCUACAGUUGGCUUGUCUCUUUUUUUCUUUUAAGUUUCUCAACGUAGACAAUUUUUUUAUCUUGUUUUUUUUUACUGUUUUGCUUUCUUUUCCCAAAUUCGUACUUUCUUAUUUUGUACUAAUAAUUUUUCUAAUCUAUUGGUAGUACAAUUGCCAACUUCAACUACAAUAAUAUGGAUUAUCCGUUUUUUUCUUCGCAUUCAGAUGGAAAUACAGUUUCACUGCUUGUUGUUCAACAAUGUCGGUGGUUUAACGAUAGUAGCGCAAACAUGAUGGUAUAUAUGGUUUCAUGACUGUUGGUUUCCGAUUUUGAUUUGUGCCUCUUCUAAAACUUCCGAUACACAUAUGUAUUCAUUCGUCAAUUCUAUGGAAAACAUUUAUGGCUUUUUUUUUAUUUUUACACUGUAAGGAAAAAGCAUGUACCCUCAUUUAUUUAUUGUCUACAUUUUUCGUUUUGUGGAUAAAUUUGAAUCAGGGUAGUAACAAAACGGGAAUCAAUAAAUAAAAUUUUUAUUUUCAGGUAGAAUGCAAUGAUUUUAAAUAAUAUUACUGGAUUUUUUUUCCUUUUUUGUACAUGUACACAUUAUUGAGGCAUAUGAAUUCUGUUCUCUCACUCGUUUGCAUACAAAAUUGUACACUUGGUUUCAUUUACUCAAUGUGACAAUAACGUCGUAUUCUUAUCAUGUUAAUCUAUUUCUUCUUUCUCUCCAAAUUGACUUUGCUUGAUCGAAAAUAAUGACAAAAGGAAAAAUUAAAUCAGUGUCGUAAUAUCUUUUUAGGUGUUAUUAUUCCGAUGUAUUUUAUUUUUAUUUUUACUAAUUAUUUACUUCGUCUUACUUCCUUUUUAUAUCUCAGGUGGAAAAAAAAUAGUUCGUAAUGUAUCAUUGCUUGUCUUUAACAGUUGACUAACGCCUAUUCACCACUGUCUAAGCAUUUACAAAAAUCUGUUAAUUUCUUUUUAUAGAAGUAAAUGAUAAAAUAAGAAUUGUGUUUUGUUCUUUUAAAAUUGACUUUCUGUCCACUGCUCAAUAAUAUAUAUUUUCAAUUUAAUAUGGCAACAAAAGAUGAGACAAUUUUAAUCUAUUAUAUCUUUUAUUUCUCUUUGCAUAUGCACUAUGUGGUACAUUUACUUAUUUGUGCAUUAUUGAUCCAUUGAAUAACUGCUGCAGUUUGAUGAUAUAUCCAACUUGAUGGGUUUUGUUUAUCGUGCCAGUUAUUAGCUAUAUAUCUUGACACAAGUCAACAUUUAGUUAACAGUAUUGUUUGCGGAUUAUAUCAUAAUGUAACACAACCUUUCGAUCUAUUUACUUUUUUUCUUUUCUAUCUAUUCUUCUCAAUAAUGAGGAAUUUAACAAUAUCUACAGAUAAAUAAUUUGUUUUUCUGUUUGUCGAUCUCUAUUGUGUACAUGAAAAAAAAAGUAAAAAUAAGUGCUCGUUCUAUCAAAGAAAAACCUAAAUACUAUUCUAUAUAAUAUUUGUAUUGAUAAACAUUAUAAGGAGAUAAAGUCUUGUUAUCUUUUUCUUCAUAUGAAUAAAAAAAUUAUUUGCUCA